GAAAAGCAAUACCUUCCCUGGUGGCUUCCAGAGGGGCAGGAAUAGUGAAAUGAUUAGGCCAGCAGCACCCUAGAGAUUUUUACUUCAGGCUUCUCACAGUCGUGGCCUGAUAACGUUCCUGUAUGGUUUAGUGCCAAAAUGAGUGACUGCUAUUUAGAACAAAGAAUUAGUAUCAAAUUUUGCGUGAAAUUGAACAAAUCUGCAAGUAAGACCCACCAUCUUUUGAAAGAAGCUUAUGGGGAUAAGGUGAUGUCGAGGGCUUGAGUUUUUGAUUUUAAGAAAGAGUGGGAAGACGUUCGAGGUGAUGCUUGAAGUAGCUGUCCAUUCACCCACAGAAUGGAUGCAAAUAUCGGGAAGGUCAAGGUUUGUUCGAACAGGCAGUUAAUGGUGAGAAUGAUGGCUGAAGAAUUAAAUUUAGGUAAUGAAACCGUUAGACUCAUUCUGAAAGAAAACCUGAACAUGAGAAAUGCCCAGGUUAUAGCAAGUAUUUUGAAAGAUCAUCCUAAACUUGGGAAAUUUGAAUGCCCAACUAGUCAUUCAAAGGAAAUUAGGAACACUAGCGUAUGGGGGAGAAAGCUAACAAGUUCUGAGAUUUGGAGUUAACUGCAGCAGAAAGCUGCUGGGGAAAUGUCUCUGCCUGCGUAGAAUCCCAGAAGCCACUCCCCUGCCAGCCUGCUGCAGGAUCCAUCCUGAAGCAUCGCCCCCAAGGUUGCUGAGGAUUAGUUCACAUCCUGGUGUAAUGAGCCUGAGGUAGUGAGAACCUGGCCGGGAAACUGUCUUCAGAUGCUUUUCAUCUGUUUUAUGCUCCUCCUUCAGACUGGGCAGUGUGAAGUACUGAACUAUGGGGUCCUCUUCCUUGCUGUUCUCCACCAUUUUGGAGGGCUGUGGCUGUUGACCUCUGGUUCUAGUUUCUUGAUUUCUUUGGCUUAACAAGUUGACUCUUGUCAGUGUCUGUGCUUGUGCUGCCCCAGAGGGUCAUGCCAGUGAGAAGCAGGAUACUGGAGUAUUUCUGUCCCCCGGGAGUCAUACUCUUCUGAGAGGACCCCAAAAGAAGUCUGACAUAGUCAACCUGCUUCAUAGUCAGGGCCUGAGAAGUAUGUUACAGAAGGCAUAGGUGUGCUGAUUUAUUGAGUGGUGUGAUCUAGCCCAAAUGACUUGGGCUUGGCCACCAAUACUUACCUUACAGAGUUCCUCAGACAGGAGAGCUAGGUUUGUUCCAUUCUCCUGCACUUCAGACCACCAUUCUUUUGGGUGUUCCUUAGCCAUGAGACUAAGACCAUGAAAUCACAUGAAGUGAUCAGGUGAUUCCUUAGCCCCUACAUUAAGGGAGUCAGUGCCCAUCCACACAGUACAUUUAUUGACUGAGGCCCCAGU